UACCGGAGAAUCGUCUAUCGACCACACUCGAGAGCUGUACGGAGGAUUUGCCUGUCCCCGUUGCGUCUGGCACCAGCAAGAAGACCAGCUUCGACCAAGAAGCUUCCUUCCUUCGUGGAAACUCAACCCAAACAGGUUGCCGAUCCCGACAUGUCCUGACGUACUGACUAGGUUUGACUUUGCCGACCUACUGCUGGACUAGUAUGCAAGAGACGCUAGACUACUGAGGCACUUGUACCACUCACUACAACUUGCUAGUUUCCUAUACUGUGUGUUUGCGUUUUGUAACUAAAACUUUGAUCAGGCUGUUGUCUGUUGCAUUGCUUGCAGCUGAUUAAAAUGUCUAGUUAGAAAGGGGUAACAAUCACAACAAACCGAAGACGCUAUGAGACGCAUCACUAGCACGCAGCUGAUAGAAGUGCACACAAUCGGCACGGCAUCCUGCUGUUGAUCCUGGUUUCGAUCGAUCAUCGAGAAGGCUCCAAUCACCACCAGUUCGCACUCGGUAGUCGACCAAAUCCAUCCGUUCCGCCGCCCAAAAAUGCUCGAAGAAGAGCUCGAGAUUGCGCUGAAGGUGAUCGUGGUCGGCAAUGGUGGCGUGGGCAAAACGUCCAUGGUGCAGCGGUACUGCAAGGGCAUCUACACCAAGGACUACAAGAAGACGAUCGGGGUGGACUUUCUCGAGCGGCAGAUCGAGAUCGACGGUGAGGACGUGCGGAUCAUGCUGUGGGAUACGGCCGGCCAGGAGGAGUUCGAUGCCAUCACGAAGGCGUACUACCGGGGGGCCCAAGCUUGCGUCCUCACGUUCAGCACGACGGACCGGGCGUCGUACGAGGCGAUCCGGGAGUGGAAGGUGAAGGUGGAGAACGAGUGCAGCGAGAUACCGACCGUGCUAGUCCAGAACAAGAUCGACCUGAUGGAUCAGGCCGUGGUGUCGUUCGAUGAGGCGGAAGCGCUCGCCCACCAGCUCGGCUGCCGGUUAAUCCGAACGUCGGUCAAGGAGGACGUCAAUGUGGCGACCGUGUUCCGGUACCUGGCGACCAAGUGCCACCAGCAGAUGAAGCAACAGUACAGCCAGUCGGCCCCGCUCUGCCAGCCGACGAUCAGUGCCUUUAGUCCGACGUUUCAGUCGAAAGCCGCCACCAGCAACAACACGAUCACCCUGACGAGGCCAUCGAUGAAGCGUAAACCGCUGCAGAAACGCUGCGGCAUCUUCUGACACACACACACACGGGCACACGGGUCGGCCCCGGAGUUACGGUUUAGACUUGUAUGUUGUAAACGUUAUUGUUUUGUUUUAGUGUAACCGCAUUGUUAACUGCAGACGCCAACGACGGGAUAUGAUGCUGACCGUGUCCUUGCCCAAGACUGUUCCGAAUACUCAUUUCCGCAUGUAUGUGUGUAUGUAUUUUGUGUGCGCGUGUCCCUUGUGCUAGACUUAAACGCUUUUGUGCAUAGACGUUCGAUGUUAGUAGUUAGGUGCAGUAGUUAGGAGAUGUUAAAUGUUUCGAUUGUAAAAUGGUCCAAGUCCAAGCCCUCAAACCGUCUCAAGACGACGCUAUAGUUGGGGGAGGGUGCACCUAACGGAGCAUUCUGUUGUGCGUAGCUGAUGAUUAACGUGCGGAACAUAAUGGCGUUCACGGAUGACCGGUCCGCCGUUGAUGUGGAUAAUUAUAAUUUAUACAUAUACUACGAGCACAGAAUGCAGAAGUGGGGCUCGCGUGAAGAGAGCCAAGGUACCUCCUCAAACCAAGCCUCUCCUUAAUCUUAGCGAAAGAUAGCGAGAAAGCAAACGAAGAAGCGACGAAGCGGCCGGUCGGUCGAUGGUUGGAUGUCAUCUUGACGCGACGACAAAACCGCAAGAUGAAAGACUCUCCCCCCGCGGGGGCGGCGAGUUGUCGUGAGAACAGGCGAAAGAAUGGCGGCCAGCGCGUCGUAUGAUGUAUAGCGACGUGACCGCGGCGUAGUGCGUUUGUUAAUUAGAAGAAGAUGAGGCACAGAAGCAGAAGAAGAAGCAGCGGCAGCGCUGGAUGUUCGAUGUUGAAAACAAUAGUCAUGAUUAAUCACUUGCGGUUUUUAUAUUAUUAGUGAUCGCUUCUGGCAGUUACGCAGCAGCGCAAGAUCGCGUUGUGCUAACAACUUCCUAGGUAUUGGCCGCGUUGGAGUGUUUGGAGGAACGAAAC